AGCUGUUUAUUUCAGAGACAUCAGCCCCACUCUGAACAUGCCAAAUCCAGUGUUUCAGGGAGGUUACUGAUGUUCUGUUGGCAUUCAUGUGGUGCUCCUGCAUGAGAUGAGUCAUCAAACUUCACCCUGGUAGUUCUGAACACAGUGUGUGUUUUGUUGAAAAGAAUCAGGAGUGAGGGGGUGUCUGGGUGUCUCAGUUGGUUAAGCAACCAACUCUUGAUUUCUGCUUGGGUCAUGAUCUCAGGGUCCCGGGUCAAGCCCCCACAUCAGUCAGCUGCACACUCAGCGAGGAGUCCUCUUGAAGAUUCUCUCCCUCCUCCCCCCGCCCCCCGCUCACAUGCGCGUGUGCUCUUUCUCUCUCAAAUAAAUAAAUCUUUAAAAAAGAAAAAAAAAAAUCCAGGAGUGAGAAGGCCCAGAGAGGUUGUAAUAUAAUAAUAAAGCUUUUCUAAAUCAUAUGUGUUUUAUUUGUAAAGAAACAUUGGAUCAUCCAUAAGCCCAUGUAGUAUGAGUUGUUUUGAAGAGCAAUACUCUUAAGUGAUAAGGAAAUAGUUCAGUAAUUAAGAUGCAAAGAAUCCAUCUUGGCCAAAGGAAACAUUAGUAAACAACCAAGUAGAGGGAAGUGGGUUUUGGCCAUAUUUAUGAGAAAGGCUACUGUAUAUAAGGAAACUGGUUGAGAUUUUUUUGUUGUUGUUUUUACUUUUGGUGAAACUUCUCUGUUCUUAGCAAAAAUAUGUAUGAAGUGUUAGACCACUGACCAUUCAAAUAUAAGUUGAAAUAAUUAUGUUACUCUUUUUGACCAAUCCCUAUAUCUAGGAAUUCCUGAGAAUUAGUAGAAAGUCCAAGGCAACUACUAUAUUGAAAAAUAUUUGUUUUUUUCUUGUCAGGAACCUAGCUGGAGGUAAUUUGAUUUAAAUAGUGACAUACACAAAAUAAAAUGACAAUUUUGUAAUUACAUUUUAUCUGUUUAGAAGUGUAUUUGGGGCAUUUAAAAGUACAUGAAAUAAUGAAGUCAAAAAUGAGAUUCAGUUUGUCCAGGCCAGGAUUUCUUAACCUCAACACUUUUGAUUUUGAGGGGCUGGAAAAUUCUUUGUUGUGGGGGACUAUCCUGCAGGAUGCAUCCUUGUAGGAUGUUUAGCAGCAUCUCUGGCCUCUGCCCACUAGAUGCCAGUAGGGCUCUCCUAGUUGUGACAACCAUAUAUUUCCAGACAUUUCCAAAUAUCCCUUGAGGGGCAAAAUCACCUCUGGUUGCAAACUGCUGAUCUAGGGUUGGAAUUUUACCCACAGCAGGCGUCAACAGGACAGACUCCCAUUUAGUAGAAUAGCACCUAUUUGGUAUAGCUUUUUCUAUUAUUAAUAACAUCAAGGUUUUAAAGUAGAUCAGCUUAGUUUUCAUAAUUUAAAAAGUGUGUGUGAGGAAAGUUUUAAGACAUUAGCUUUAAAAUAUGUUUUAUGUUCCCUGUGAACUUUGUUUUUAAAUUUAAAAUUCCAAAGCAAAAUUGGAAUGAAAAUGAUUACAGACAUUUCAUUUUUCAAUAGUAUAAUGACAGCCAAGGAAGUGAUGUCCCUGCUAUGAAAAUGUUUUUGCUGGAGAGUGAGGAAGAAGAUGAAAUUGAAAUGGAAGUUGAAGACCAGGAUAGCAAAGAAGCCAAAAAACCAAACGUCAUAAAUUUUGACACCAGUCUGCCAACGUCACAUACAUAUCUGGGCGCUGAUAUGGAAGAAUUUCAUGGCAGGACUUUGCAUGAUGACGACAGCUGUCAGGUUAUUCCAGUUCUGCCACAGGUGAUGAUGAUCCUGAUUCCUGGGCAGACCUUACCUCUUCAGCUUUUUCGUCCUCAGGAAGUCAGUAUGGUGCGGAAUUUAAUUCAGAAAGACAGAACCUUUGCAGUUCUUGCAUACAGUAAUAUACAGGAGAGGGAAGCACAGUUUGGAACAACAGCAGAGAUAUAUGCCUAUCGAGAAGAACAGGAUUUUGGAAUCGAGAUAGUGAAAGUGAAAGCCAUUGGAAGACAAAGGUUCAAAGUCCUUGAGCUAAGAACACAGUCAGAUGGAAUCCAGCAAGCUAAAGUGCAAAUUCUUCCUGAAUGUGUGUUGCCUUCAACCAUGUCUGCAGUUCAGUUAGAAUCCCUCAAUAAAUGCCAGAUAUUUCCUUCAAAACCUGUCUCAUGGGAAGACCAGUAUUCAUAUAAAUGGUGGCAGAAAUACCAGAAGAGAAAGUUUCAUUGUGCAAAUUUGACUUCAUGGCCUCGCUGGCUAUAUUCCUUAUAUGAUGCUGAAACUUUAAUGGAUAGAAUCAAGAAACAGCUACAUGAAUGGGACGAAAAUCUAAAAGAUGAGUCUCUUCCUUCAAAUCCAAUAGAUUUUUCUUACAGAGUAGCUGCUUGUCUUCCUAUUGAUGAUGUAUUAAGGAUUCAGCUCCUUAAAAUUGGUAGUGCCAUCCAACGACUUCGCUGUGAACUAGAUAUUAUGAAUAAAUGCACGUCUCUUUGCUGUAAACAAUGUCAAGAAACAGAAAUAACAACCAAAAAUGAAAUAUUCAGUUUAUCCUUAUGUGGACCAAUGGCAGCUUAUGUGAAUCCUCAUGGAUAUGUGCAUGAGACACUUACAGUGUAUAAAGCUUGCAACUUGAAUCUGAUAGGCCGGCCUUCUACAGAGCACAGCUGGUUUCCUGGGUAUGCUUGGACUAUCGCCCAGUGUAGGAUCUGUGCAAGCCAUAUUGGAUGGAAAUUUACAGCCACCAAAAAAGACAUGUCACCUCAAAAAUUUUGGGGUUUGACUCGAUCUGCUCUGUUGCCCACAAUCCCAGACACUGAAGAUGAGAUAAGCCCCGACAAAGUAAUACUUUGCUUAUAAACAAAUACAGUAGAGAUAAAGUUAUUUAUCUAGUUGGUCUUGUAAAAUCAGAUCUGCUUUGGAAAUUACUGCUUUUGACGCAUACCUAAGUAAAAAGCAACAUUACGUGGAAGGUUGCAGUUUCUUAGUCAAGGGUAUUUGAAGAUUUAAAUUAAAAUAUACUAUUGAAAGGGAUAAAAAGCAGUCUAGAAAACUUGGUUUUUAGGAGUAUCUAGCUUGGUACCAUUAUACUCUGGCCUGCUAGGAUACGAAGACCUCUUAGCAAAGGGAGGAGAUGGGUUUUCUUGCGCCAAACAUAUUUGUAAUUCCCCUAACUCGAGGUUAAUCAUUUGCUCCUGAUACAUGGAACCAACAGCAAGUUUUUAGAAGUUCCCAAAGCUAGGGUGCCAAGUACAUGUUCCUUAAAAGAAAGAGACAAAAAUUUUCUUGAGUUUCUCUCACAUUGAUUUGUAAAUUUUGAAAAUAUUAAAGAGUUAAAAUACGCA